UCGAUACCCAAUUCAUAACGCGAGCCGUAUAGAUUAAGAAAACGUUCCUCCCUCCUGCACUUUUGGGCUUGGCAGGAGACAGAAAAAAGAGAGAGAAGAUGGGAGUGCUGUCUAAUAAGAUCACCAGAGACGAACUCAAGGCAGGCGAUCACAUCUACUCAUGGAGGCACGCUUACAUCUACGCUCAUCACGGGAUCUAUGUAGGUGACGGGAAGGUGAUCCACUUUACUCGAGCAGCAGGCCAGGAGAUUGGCACAGGAACAGUGUUAGACCACAUUUUAUUCAGCUCAUCUCCCUCCCAUCCUUUGGACAAUCCAUGCCCAAGAUGUGGGGAUCAGUCAAGGCUUGAUGGUGUCAUAUCUUCCUGCAUUGAGUGCUUCCUUUCUGGUGGUGAACUCUACCUGUUUCAGUAUUCUGUCUCACCAGUUCUAUAUAUUGCCAAAGUUCGAGGAGGGACCUGUACCCUUGCCGCUUCUGAUCCACCCAAUGAUGUCCUUCAUCGUGCUGAAUUCCUACUUCAUAAUGGUUUUGGUGUCUACCACAUAUUUAAGAACAACUGUGAGGACUUUGCAAUCUAUUGCAAGACAGGUUUACUCGUCAUAACUAGUGUCAGUGUGGGCCGGAGUGGACAGGCAGCAUCGAUUUUUGCUGCUGCUACUGCUAUCAUUUCAUCACCACUUCGCUUCCUGACUACCAGCUUUUCUGGCCUGGCAGCUGUGGGUUGUGGUAUAUAUUGUGUUAGCCGGUUUGUUUCUGAUAUUGGAGUGCGUCGUGAUGUGACUAAAGUCCCAGUUGAGAGUCUUGUUGCCAACUCUCGCAUUGAUGAAUCCGAGGCUUUAUCUGAGACCGCAACAGAGGUGGACAAAAAAGACUAAAUUUGUGGUGUGGGCUGCCAUUUCUGGUGUACAGGUAGGUUGCCUGUAUUGAAUAUUUGUCGACAUAGUUGUUUAAAUUGGUUCCUCAUUGUGUUUAAUGGUGUAUUUAGACAUCUACUAUUCGUUUGUGCAUGUGCACCUAAAAAUUUCACUUAUUGUUUGACGUAUUUAUUAGUCUGUUUCUUUAUCUUAUUCUUGUGGUUACGGUUUAUGCUAUACAUACAUAAGUGAGACAGUUUUAGUUCC